CCCUACAGAGGAUUCUGGGACGUGUAGUCUCGACGCUUCCUGCGAUUGGGACACUUCCGCUCCAGGAAAGCGCCGAUGUGUUAAUCGCGCCGCUGGAGAAAUAGGAGAGUACAAUCCAGUGCUGUGCGUGUUUGGAGGCAUUUCGGAUACCGGAGGGCGAGAAUACGAAGCCGCUCCUUUCGUGGAUUCUGGGAAAUUCGAUUCAGGCCGUCGAUGUUGGAGUCGGCACUUUCGCCCCGGGGGGCGGGGCAGCGGCUCUUGUUCCUCUCGGUGAUGCUGGGAAAUGUAGUCCAGGAGCUCCGCGUAGUCGGAGGUAUUUCCGCUUCAGGAGGUUGCGAUUGCGGCCUUCGGUUCUCUCAGGGAGGCUGCAGGGUCCUCUGAUUCAUGGAUGCGGUUAUAUUCUUCUCGGAGUGCCCAGCACGGGGUCGGCAGAGAGGAGUUGUUCAAAUCAGAAUCAUACUCUGACAGCUACGAGAACUUGUAUUAGGGCCACUGUGUGUGGCUGGGCGGGUCGUUCAUCGCACCGGAGCUCUCCGUUGAAGGCAAGCAGCAGAGGGACAAGAUCUAGAAGACUGGCUUCUUUGUGAGAGCUGGAUUCAGGUUCCACCCCUGCCCCUUGACCUCACCAAGCCUUGGCUUCCUCAUCUGUUACGUGGGAACAACAGUCGUCAUCGUCAUCAUUUAUUGAGAACUUCGUAAAAUGCCAGUUGAGGAGAGGCACAGAGGUGGAGGUGAUCAGACUGGAGUCACACGGCUAGUACACCCUUAGCUUCUUCACAGACUCAGCACUUCCCCAGAAGGAGGAGGACAAAAUGACCAAGUUCAAGGAGGCGGUGACCUUCAAGGAUGUGGCCGUGGUCUUCACAGAGGAGGAGCUGGGACUGCUGGACUCUGCCCAGAAGAAGCUGUACCAGGAAGUGAUGCUGGAGAACUUCCAGAACCUGGUCUCAGUGGGUGAGGAAGGGCACUCUGGGACUGAACAUCGCAUCAGCCCCUGUGGGCAUCAGUCGUUCACACCAGAUGUAAUAUCCCAGUUAAAGAGAGAAGAAAAGCUUUGGAUGAUAAAGAUAGCAACCCAGAGCCGUCACUCCUCGGGAGACAAGAAUGUAAAUGGCAUGGAGAGUCUUCAAGAAGUUGGAUUAAGGUAUCUGCCACAUGAAGAGCUUUUCUGCUCACAAGUCUGGCAACAGGUUACAAAGGAAUUAACCAGGUGUCAAGAUUCCAUGGGAAAUAUUCAAGGAACUGGCUCUCAGAUGGAAAAACAAGGUGGCACACUCAAUAAAGAUGAGGAGUUUGGUAAAGACUUCAAUCAGACUUCACAUCUUCAAGUUCACCGCAGAGACCACACUGGAGAAAAACCCUACAAAGGGGUGGAGUGUGAGAAAGGUUUCAUACCGGACUCUCACCUUCAAAUGAACCAGACAGCCCAUGUAGGAGAGAAGCCCUACAAGUGUGAAAAAUGUGAAAACGCUUUCCGUCGGCUUUCAAGUCUUCAAGCCCAUCAGAGGGUCCACAGUAGAACAAGAUUGAACAAAUAUGAUAUGUCGUGUAAGGGUUUCAGUCAGAGGUCAUAUCUUCGUCAUCAUCAGAGGGUCCCCACUGGAGAGGAUCCACACAGAUUUGAGGAGUGUGGGAGGAACGUCGGGAAAAGUUCACAUUGUCAAGCUCCUCCCAUAGCCCACACGUUGGAGAAACCCUAUAAAUGUGAGGAGUGUGGACUGGGCUUCAAUCAGCGCUCCUAUCUUCACAUCCAUCAGAGAGCCCACACGGGAAAGAAACCUUAUAAAUGUGAAGAGUGUGGGAAGGGCUUCAGUUGGCGUUCACGCCUACAGGCUCAUCAGCGAAUCCACACUGGGGAGAAACCCUACAAAUGUGAGGCAUGUGGCAAGGGCUUUAGUUACAGCUCACACCUGAACAUCCACUGUAGAAUCCACACAGGCGAGAAACCCUUUAAGUGUGAGGAGUGUGGGAAAGGCUUCAGUGUGGGUUCCCACCUCCAAGCCCAUCAGAUAAGCCACACGGGAGAGAAACCAUACAAAUGUGAGGAGUGUGGCAAGGGCUUCUGUCGGGCCUCAAAUCUUCUGGACCAUCAGAGAGGCCAUAGUGGUGAGAAACCAUAUCAGUGCGAUGCAUGUGGAAAGGGCUUUAGUCGUAGCUCAGAUUUUAACAUUCAUUUUAGAGUCCAUACAGGAGAAAAACCUUAUAAGUGCGAGGAGUGUGGGAAAGGUUUCAGUCAAGCCUCAAAUCUUCUGGCCCAUCAAAGAGGCCACACUGGAGAAAAACCAUACAAAUGUGGUACAUGUGGGAAGGGCUUCAGCCGGAGUUCAGAUCUUAAUGUUCAUUGUCGAAUCCACACGGGAGAGAAACCCUAUAAAUGUGAGAAGUGCGGAAAGGCCUUCAGUCAGUUCUCAAGCCUUCAAGUGCAUCAAAGAGUCCAUACCGGAGAGAAACCAUACCAGUGUGCAGAGUGUGGGAAAGGCUUCAGUGUGGGCUCACAGCUUCAGGCCCAUCAGAGGUGUCACACUGGAGAGAAACCCUACCAGUGUGAGGAGUGUGGGAAGGGCUUCUGUCGGGCCUCAAAUUUUCUGGCUCACCGUGGAGUCCACACAGGAGAGAAACCAUACCGAUGCGAUGUGUGCAGUAAGCGCUUCAGGCAGAGAUCAUACCUUCAAGCCCACCAGAGGGUCCACACUGGAGAGAAACCAUAUAAGUGUGAGGAAUGUGGUAAGGUCUUCAGUUGGAGCUCAUACCUUCAAGCCCAUCAGAGAGUCCACACUGGGGAAAAACCAUACAAAUGUGAGGAGUGUGGGAAAGGCUUCAGUUGGAGCUCAAGUCUUAUAAUUCAUCAGCGAGUCCAUGCUGGGGAUGAGGGUGACAAGGACUGUCCCUCAUCAGAGAAUACGUACAGCAAAGAAGCUCUAUAAAAUUACAUGGUUUAAUACCUCAAACGGGUGCUGAAAUAGUCCUGCCGUAGAAGACAAAACGUCUGUUUGAUAAAAGAGUAUUUCUGCCAGAGCUCGACAUGUGUGUGAUUGGGUGACCACACGGCAGAGAAGCCUCAUAAGAGAGGAGACAUAAGAACUUCAUUCAGAACCUUGACAUUUAGCAGAUAUGACAGAGAAGAGAGGCUUAAGAAGGAUGAGUCUGAGCUGAAGGUAACCAAAAGUACUAAGAUGGAAAUGCCCAAAUCUCUUCCACCAGAAUAGAAGCUCUCGGAGGGCUGGGACUUUGUUGACAGCCAAGUCCACUCUGCCUCUUCAGCGCCUAACACACUGCAGGUGUCCAGUAAUGUUAAAUGAGUAAAAGGGAGAACAGUCACUUCUGAAAUUUUCUUUCAGUUCCUCUCUAAAACUUUCUAUAAAAUUGUAGAAGGAGGAAUUCUCCAAGGCUUGGAGGAUUAAAUAAGACACUUGGGUUCAGUUCCCCAACCCUGCAGGUCCUGUGAACUAGUGCUUAUCAAGCUCAAGGUUCUAACCCAUUAGUGGGUCCAGAAGUCAGUUUACCAGGUUGUGGCCAGCACUUUUCUAUGCUAACAGUUCUUUAUGGAGAUGUGAUUCGCAUGCAGCCACAUGCAUAAAUAAGUUUACAGCUUCAUGAAUUUUGACAAAUGUAUCUACUUGUGUAAUCAUCACCAAGAUCAAUAUAUACCAUAUUUCUUAUUAAACCAAAAUGUUUCCUUGUGGACUAUUCUUGUCAUUCCCACCUCCAGGGGCAACAAGUACUAUGAUUUCUAUACCGUGUAUUAAUUAGGCCUGUCUGUUCUUGAGCUUCCUGUGUGUUCGGUAUGUACUGUUUAUGUCUGGAUUCUUUUCAUCAAAUAUAUGAUCAUCCUAGGUUCACAGAAGGCAAUUGACAACUCAGUAUACAUGAUAAA